CGUGCUUGUUUUUGUUUUGAAUGAAGCGAGAAGUAUGCGCAUAUGGACUCGAAGAAAACUAAAGCCUAAAGCACCACCGUCCUUAUGAUGAACUUCGAGGGUCUGGACCCGGGUUUGGGCGAGUACGCGCCCGGCCUGCACGGCAGCCUGGAGCCCGGUCUGAACUCGUCCAUGGACCCGCGACUCGACCCGGCGCUUCUGCAGGGCGUGGAGCUCGACCAUGACGCGCUGGCCGUCCCCUUGUCCGAGUCCGUGCACAUAGUGGAGGGCAUGUACUCGGAGUUGCACAGCGUGGCUGCGGAAGUCGGCAUCCCCGUAACAGCUACGCACUUCGACCUUCAAGAAGAGCUGCUGUGGAUGGGGAACCACCGGGGACAUGCAAGUUCCUUUUUUGGUCCAACAAUGGGACGGUUUUCCUCUUUCCAGGUGCAAAUGGCUGAUGAUAUUCGCCACAUCCAAAGUAUGGACACGGGGGUGCUGUUUCUGACCAAGAACAACCUGAAAUGCCUCACACGUGGAGGCUUCAUUAUGUUUGAUUAUCCGAUGGAGGAGGGUGCAGAAAUGCAUAGUUUGCUUCUGACUGAUGAUAACAAGUUGGUAAUGGGUGGUCUGCAGAACUAUGUGACUGAACUGGACCUCACUACAGUGCAAGAAACACAAAAAUUUACUGUUGAAGUGCCUGGAGUUGCCAUCAUGAGACAGUCCAAUCGCUUCUUCUUUUGUGGUCACACCUCUGGCAAGGUGUCACUGCGUGAUCUCCGCACAUUUAAAAUGGAGUACGAGUUUGACGCUUUCUCCGGCAGCCUGUCUGAUUUUGACGUACACGGUAACUUGUUGGCAGCGUGUGGCUUCUCGAGUCGUGGCCUAAAUGGACUGUCAUGUGACCGGUUUCUUAUGGUGUAUGACCUCCGCAUGAUGAGAGCCAUCACCCCACUGCAGGUCCAUGUGGACCCCCUUUUCCUCCGCUUCAUCCCGACAUACACCUCACGCCUGGCUAUCAUUUCACAAACAGGUCAGUGUCAGUUCUGCGAGCCCACAGGCCUGGCCAGUGUAGCUGACAUCUUCCACGUGAACACAGUAGGGCAGCUGCUGAUGAGCUUUGAUGUGUCCUCCAGCAAACAAGCACUCUCUUUCGGGGACUCUGGUGGCUGUGUGCACCUGUGGUCCAGUGCUCCAGAGGUGUCCUUUAACAGUUACUCCAGAGAUACUGAGUUAGUCCUGCCCUGCCUGGUGGACUCACUGCCCCAGCUGGAUUGGAACCACGAGCUGAUGCCUCUGUCUCUUCUGCCCAUGCCUCUCACUAGUACCGAACCCCUGCUCUCUGAUUGGCCCACGUCCCUAAUUAUGCCCAGCCCCAGGCGAGCUCCUCCUGUAGAUCCAGAGAUUCUUAGGACGAUGAAAACUGUGGGAUUUAUUGGAUAUGCCCCCAAUCCUAGAACCCGUCCAAGAAACCAGGUUCCUUAUAAGAUAAAAGACAUAGAGCUUGAAUAUGACAGCUAUAAUCAAGUUCCGGAGUCUCCCAUCGGUCGAGAUGAGGAGCCACAUCUUUGCAUGGUUCCAAAGAAAUACAGAAAGGUUACCAUUAAAUACUCCAAAUUGGGACUGGAAGACUUUGACUUUAAGCACUAUAACAGGACUCUGUUUGCUGGUCUGGAGCCUCACAUACCUAACGCCUACUGUAACUGCAUGAUCCAGGUGCUGUAUUUCCUGGAGCCAAUCAGGUGUCUGGUACAGAAUCACUUGUGUCAGAAGGAAUUCUGUCUGGCAUGUGAACUGGGCUUUCUCUUUCACAUGCUGGAUCUGAGUAGAGGAGACCCCUGCCAGGCCAGUAAUUUUCUCAGGGCUUUCCGUACAAUCCCAGAGGCAUCAGCGCUGGGUUUGAUCCUGGCUGACUCAGAUGAGCAGACAGGUAAAGCCCGGCUAGGCCGUCUCAUCCAGUGCUGGAACCGUUUCAUACUUGCGCAGCUACAUCAGGAGACACUGGAGCAGGAAGGACCGCAGGCAUACAGAGGAGUGAGCAGCAGUGCUCUGGGUUCCUCAGGGGAGUCUGUGAUUGGCCGUUUGUUUGGCUGUGAAGUGGAAAACAGCAGUUUAUGUCGCUGUGGGAAGGAGACGGUUCGCUCCUCUUUGACUCUGCUGUUCACUAUGCACUACCCUGAACAGAGCUCUCUCGAUAAGACGAUAGAGGAGUAUGACUUUGCAGAGAUCCUGAAGAAGAGCAUUUGUCUGGAACAGAGCACGCAGGCCUGGUGUGACAACUGUGAGAAAUACCAGCCAACAGUGCAGACCCGGAACAUUCGCUGUCUGCCUGAUGUUCUGGUGAUUAACUGUGAGGUGAACAGUGCUAAGGAAGCAGAGUUUUGGAAAGCACAGACUGAGUAUGCGUUCAACAGUGCUCUGAAGAAAGAGGCAGCUGAGCCCCCCAAACCAAAAGAGCCUCUUCCUACAGAAUGGUGUUUAGAGGAGGAACUGUGCAAUGUAGAGGGCUUGACCUUUGACACGCAAGCAGAGGACAUGAGGCAUGUGUGGAUCCCUCUAAGUCUGAAGAUGUGCAUUAGUAAGACUCAGGGCCUGGAGGUCAGCAGCCUGCCUGAGGAAGAGGAGCUGACUGAAAGUGAAGAGGCUGAGGGGGCAUCUGUCUAUGACCUGGUUGUCACUGUGUCGCAUAUCCAGGAUGCUCGGUCUGGAGGAAACCUGGUGGCACAUAUCAAAGUGGGCGAGACCUACCACCAGAGGAAAGAGGGAGUAACACAUCAGCAGUGGUAUCUUUUCAAUGAUUUUCUGAUUGAGCCUAUUGACAAGGCAGAAUCAGCUCAGUUUGAUGUGAACUGGAAGGUUCCAGCUGUACUUUACUACAUCAAGAGAAACUACCACGCCAAGUAUGACCUGCGCAUUAAAAACCCUAUUGAGGCCAGCGUUCUGCUGACUGAGGCCUCAUUGGCACGGAAACAGAGGAAGAGUCACGCCACCUUCAUACCCCUCAUGGUGAGCGAGAUGCCCCAGGCUGGAGACCUCGUGGGACUGGACGCUGAGUUUGUUACGCUCAACCAGGAAGAGGCAGAACUGCGUAGUGAUGGGACCAAGUCCACCAUUAAACCCAGCCAGAUGUCUGUGGCUCGUAUCACCUGUGUGAGAGGCCAGGGAGCCAAUGAAGGAGUGCCUUUCAUUGAUGACUACAUCUCUACGCAAGAACAGGUGGUGGACUACCUGACCCAAUACUCUGGUAUCAAACCUGGGGACCUGGAUGCUAAGAUCUCUUCCAAACACUUGACAACUCUGAAAUCAACGUAUCUCAAACUGCGCUUUCUUAUAGACACUGGCGUUCGCUUUGUUGGUCACGGUUUACAGAAGGAUUUCAGAGUCAUAAAUUUGAUGGUUCCAAAAGACCAAGUGAUUGACACCGUCUACCUCUUCCACAUGCCUAGGAAAAGAAUGAUCUCUCUGCGUUUCCUUGCUUGGUACUUUCUCGAUCUUAACAUACAGAGUGAAACUCAUGAUAGUAUUGAAGAUGCGCGGACCGCCCUACAGUUGUACCGGAAGUACAUGGAGCUGAGUCGUAACGGAGUACAAGAGGAGUUCCGGAAGGUUUUGAAGGCUCUCUAUGAGAAAGGACGCAAGCAAGACUGGAAAGUUCCAGACAUUGACUCUGCAGAUGGUCAAGGUAGCCCAAAAAGUAUAGCUGUGUUUCCAUCAGUGAUGGGUUUAUGAUCCAAGUUAAACUGCCCAUGUGUUCGCUACUGUAUAUUCCUGCCAAACAGAUGUCUGCUCGCCAGUCAUUUCCUCUACAGCCUUUAAGUGUUCUCUUUCAAAAUCUCUACUUGAUUAGUGUAUUUCAUUUCAUUGUUACAAAUCUCAAAAAAGGAUGGUUAUAAUGUGCUAAUCAUGUUCGUUUGGUAUUAUAAAAUAACUUUGUGAAUAAAAAAAAAAAAUAAAAAAAUGUUUUUUAUUCCAUCAUCUCUUCUCCACAGCAUUGUGUAGCUUGUGUGUGGUAUGCCAGGAAAGACAGAAAAAUCUACUUAAACAGGACUGAGACCCAAUAAAAAAAUAAAUAAAAAUAACCUGAACCAAGUGACAUUUGUUUGCAUUUGACUCUGCAGUAGCUUUGUGCACCAAUGUAUUUUGUGUCAGAAUCUGCACUUAUAGAGAAUAUACAUAAAAGUGUGUUAUUUUCUAUUUUGUAUCUAUAAUGUACACUAGUAAUGUGGCAGCUGAAUAAAGAAUGUUGGAUAAA